UCGUGGUGGCCCUCAGUAACACUACAACAACAACAACAGAGAGAUGUUACGCCACAGGAAAAAGGCACUUCAGAUAGUGAAGAGUUUGGAUGCCUUUCCUAAAACCUCAGAGGAAUGUGUUAAAACAUCAACGACUGGAGGGACAUGUUUAGUGAUCAGCUUACUGGUGAUGUCAUGGUUGGUGGUGAUGGAGAUGAUGUAUUAUAUGGAUACCACCUUCACCUACACCUUCACCCCAGAUGCAGAUUUUACCGAAAAACUCAAGAUCAACAUUGAUAUCACUGUUGCCAUGCCCUGUCGAUACAGUAACAAACUGCUGUGGGCUGAAUCACACGCCUUGCUGCCCAGGAGCACUGAAAACAGACAGAUCCUGGGCAGAGCCCAGACUGGACAGAUUUGCGAUACAGAGGACUUGGUUUAUUUAAUUGAUGAUAUGACUAGACAGGACGGCCAUGUAAACAGCUACCUGCGAGAGCAGUUUCACUCUAUACAUGAACUACUCUGGAGGAGCGGUUAUACAAAUAUUUUUGGGGAUAUGCCACGCAGACGAAGCUUCCCAGACAAGGAGAAAGAUGCGUGUCAGUUACAUGGUAGUUUAGAGAUCAACAAAGUUGCUGGCAACUUCCACAUCACUGCAGGUAAAACCAUACCACUGCCAAGAGGUCAUGCUCAUUUGGCUGUAUUUAUGGAUGAUAAGGACUAUAAUUUUACCCACCGUAUCAAUAAACUGUCCUUCGGUGACCCGGCACCUGGCAUUGUACAUCCACUGGAGGGCGAUGAACAACUUGCUACCAAGAACCACAUGACAUACCAGUACUUUGUGACAGUGGUGCCAACGUACGUCAACACUUACAGUCAUCGAGGAUCUACCUUCCAGUACUCCGUGUCAGAGCAAAACCGUGAAAUAUCCCAUGAGAAGAAUUCCCAUGGCACUCCAGGCAUAUACUUCAAGUAUGAUGUAUCAGCCUUGAAGGUGGAGGUGGUGGAGCGCCACGAGUCCUUGAUCAAGUUCCUCACCAGACUGUGUGGGAUAGUUGGUGGAGUCUUCACCUGUUCAGGUUUGAUAAGUCGUUUUGUUGGUCUGUUGGUGAGCUGCUUGACGUGUCGCUUCUUCAGAGAGGAAGCUAAUAAUGGUAAAUUCGAGGAGAAAACUUCAAAACUUUUGCCUGGUCCACCAGCUAGUCUCCUCCUACAGUCCAACCUGACCCAGCAACCUGAUGCAGCUGUGCCACAGUUGACCUCCACUACUAUUACUCCCAUCACUGCUGACCCUCAUAUCUCCGAUGCAUUGAACAUGACCUGUGCUGGAACCUGAUGAUGUACCAGUGGUUGUCUAAUGAGUAACUUGUGGGUUGCUCACCACACACCAGUAUCAAACAUGUUACAUACACCCCCAGUCUUGCAACCUGACAUUGUUAAUGUGUAUAUGUACCUGUCUUAUACAUAUAAUUGUUUCACAUUUAUAUAAAUAUCACUGUCUGUAGAAGCUAAGAGUUUUGCAAACUGAUUACAGUUAUGAAGAUUGAUAAUCAUAUUUAAGUUAUAAAUAUUUUAAUGAGUGAUAUGUAUAUUGUCUUAUGAAGUUUUUGUUAUGAUAAUUAGAGAGUGAUAACAAUUUUUAAUUACAGUAAAUGAG